CUGUGCACCGCUCUUCUUCAGUUGUCAAUUCCAUACAUCUUUAUAUCAUCAAGUCGACUCUGGUAUCCUUACUGUUAUAAGAUUUCACCAUAAGGUGUAGCAUAUGACACAGGGAGAGAAAACCGAUGCAGAGGACAGCUGCUUAAAAAACCCAGGCGUCUUUACACCUAGUGUAAACGAUUGUUCUCAAAUUAAAAAUCUCGAAAAAUCUGGGGUAAAUUCGAUUUUACCUAAAUUGGAGGGGGUGGACGACAACAACAACAACGCAGAGGGCCCUAUAACUUUCAACGAGAAUCUUGAAAAGGGUGUUGUUCAGAAUGGUUCCGAACAACCAUGUGAUGGAACUUCAAUUUCAGAUGAUGAAAAGGAUAACUUUCCCGACGGCGGUUUGAAGGGUUGGUCCGUCGUAGUGGGAUCGUUCUGUGGCUCAUUUGCAGUCUUUGGAAUCCUCAAUUGCAGUGGUAUCUUGUUGGACUACUUCUCCACUCAUCAAUUGCAGGGAUAUGCCACUGGUGAUGUUGGAUGGAUCUUUGGAGUAUCACUCUUCUUGACCUUCUUGGGUGGUACACCAGUUGGUCCAAUAUUCGAUGCAUAUGGCCCCAGAGUCUUGAUCUUCUGUGGGAGUAUCUUGUUGGUUUUGUCCAUGAUGUUGCUUGGAUUAUGCGGUGAAUAUUGGCAGAUUUUCAUAGUAUAUAGUGUUCUCAAUGGCAUUGGUGGAGCCAUGGUGAAUACUCCAUGUAUUUCUUCAAUCGCUCAAUACUUUCAAGCAAAGAGAGCUUUUGCUACUGGUAUUGCAAUGACUGCUGGAAGUGUUGGUGGAGUUGUAAUCCCUCUCAUGCUUCAACGCCUCUUUCCCACCAUCGGUUUUGCAUGGGCAACACGGAUAUUGGGAUUCAUCCUUUUUGUGCUCCUCAUAUUAACAAACCUCCUCGUUACUAGUCGUAUUCCCAAGAAGCCACUUCCUAGCAUGAAGAGUAUUCUUCCGUAUUGGCCCGCGUUCAAGGAGCCGUCUUUCGUCUUCCUUACCAUAGCGAUCUUCCUUCUUGAAUGGGGCAUUUUUGUUCCUCUGACAUACAUCACACCAUAUGUUGUCGCAAAUGGCCAAUCAACAUCAUUUGGUUUCUACAUAGUUUCCAUUCUCAAUGCUGGUUCAUUUGUCGGCAGAUUGGGAGCAGGCUAUGUGGCCGAUCGCCUUGGUUAUGUGAAUACACUCAUUGUCUCUGUCGCUUUGUGCGUAGUAACAUGCAUAGCACUGUGGCUACCAGCUGGAGACUCCCAAGCUGUAGCCCUUGUUUUCGCUGUAUUAUUUGGACUUGUUAGUGGUAGCAACCUUAGUCUGAGUCCAGUAUGCGUUGGGCAGCUGUGUGGUGUUGAAAAAUUCGGUACUUACUAUUCUACAUGUUGGAUGAUAGUUUCAUUUGGCACAUUGACUGGAUUGCCUAUUGCUGGACAGAUCCUGACGGCUAGCGGAGGUGACUAUACAUGGUUGAUUGUUUUUGCCGGACUCUCCUAUGCACUGGCUGGGACCUUCCUCGUUGCUGCAAAAGUUGCAAAGCUCGGGUGGUCAAUUACUAAGAAAUACUGAUGAGACUGAAUGGUUUAUGAUGCAGAUGAUUGUCCAUCUUGUAUUUUCCCUCUAGAAGUUUACACAGCUACCUAGUAAGAUAUCUUCUAUCUGAGUGGGAAAACGGUAUAGGACAAACGACCUCGUUUUGGUACAAUCAUCUCGACAAUUUUAUUUCUUGACGCUCUUUCCGCAUAUAUUCGCACACAGUUACAUUCUUACAACAUUGAAAAAGAACUGGAUUAAACGAUAGGAUGAAUCCAGAUUGUCAGGCUAGACAUACUAAAUAGGGAGGAUUUAGCGAGUUAUUUGUAGUACCUAUCUAAUGGAUCUGUCUAUCUCACUUUCCCUCUUCACACAUAUCUUAAAUAUGCAGCAUAUGUAGCAAUAUUACACACUCAUUUAUAUCUC